GAACAGUGUGGUUGUAGACAGCCACGCUCCGUUGGGCUGUCACGGUUGUUGUUCUGGCCAGGAACGUUAUCGAUAAAAACCCAUUACAGUUCAUGGGAGGAACUCCAUAUGAAUGAAUUAUGUCGGAGUGAAAACACUCAUCCGCCUCUAGCAUACCAUGACUGAACCGAGUCCGGCCCAGAAAAGCUCACAGCCAGGUCAAGAGAUGGCGUCAGUGAAGCUGGAGGACUGCAGUCAAACACUGGAGCUCAAUGUGAUUGUCAAAAAAGAGGAAGAGGAGGAUGAGAGAAGAACCGAGGAAGAGAACGGGGGAGUAGAACAGGAGAGGGAAGACGGUAACAUUGACUCGGUAGAUAUGGAAGAAGAGGAGGACCAGGAAGGAGGAGGUGUGGCCAACGCAGGACUUGUUACUAUUAAAAGAGAAGAAGAGGAGGAGGAUGGAGAGGAGGAGAUUGGGGACAGAGAGGAGGAGGAGGAGGAGGAUGGAGAGGAGGAGGUUGGGGACAGAGAGGAGGAGGAUGGGGACAGGACCAACCCAGAAACAGGAGAGGGUGCCAGCUCAGACAAAGAGAGACCGUUCCUCUGCUCCCAGUGUGGUAAGCGGUUCACUGCACCAAGCAGCCUGAAGACUCACAUGCAGAGACACAGCGGAGAGAAACCCCACCAGUGCUCCUUCUGUGGGAAGCGCUUCCUACGAUCCACAGACCUGAAGAGACACCAGAUGAUCCACAAAGCAGUCACCUCGGACAGACCGUACCGCUGUUCGGAGUGCGGCAAGACGUUCACCUCGCCGACCAGCCUGAGGAUCCACCUGAAGAUCCACAGCGAAGACAAACCACACCAGUGUUCCGUCUGCGGGAAGCGUUUCCUGUGGCUGUGUGUUCUGAAGAGACACCAGGUGGUGCACAAAGCAGGAGAGAGCGCCACCUCGGACCCAGACAGCCCAGGGGAUCCCGAACAGGGGCAGAAGCCGUACCCGGACCCUAAAAGACUGCACCUCUGCUCAGAGUGCGGCAAGAGGUUCACCACAGCGCCUUUACUAAAGUCUCACAUGAAGUCUCACAGUGGGGAGAUACACCACCAGUGCUCCGUCUGUGGGAAGUGUUUCCUGCUGUUCCAGGACCUCAAGAGACACCAGGAGAUCCACAAAGGGGGCAACAACUCUGACGCAGACAGUCCAGGGGAACCAGAUCCGGAGAGACCGUUCCCCUGCUCUGUGUGUGGUAAGAGGUUCACCGCAGCAUUCAGGCUUAAGGCACACAUGAAGAUCCACAGCGGAGAGAAACCCCACCAGUGCUCCGUCUGUGGCAAGGCCUUCCUUCGACCCUACGACCUUAAAAGACACCUGUUGACCCAUAAAGGAGAGGGCACCAGCUCUGACCCUGACAGUCCAGGGGAUCCUGACCAGGAGCUGAAGCCAUAUUUCUGCUCCCAGUGCGGUAAGAGGUUCACUGCAGCCAGCAGCCUGAAGACACACACAAUGACGCACAGUGGAAAGAAACCCCACCAGUGCUCCGUCUGUGGGAAGUGUUUCCUGCGAUACCAGGACCUGAAGAGACACCAGGUGAUCCACAAAGGAGAGGGCGCCAGCACAGAAAAACCCCACCAGUGCUCUGUCUGCGAAGAGAGUUUCUUGAAGCUCGACGACUUGAACAUUCAUGUGACGAUCCACACAGGAGAGAAGACCAAGCACAUCUGCCAACCAUGUGGGAAGACCUUCACUCUGCUGCAGGACCUAAAGACUCACCAGCGCACCCAUACAGGAGAGAAACCGUACCACUGCUCCAAGUGCCCAGAGAGCUUUGGCAACCUGUUGGAGUACAGGGAGCACAAGCAGACACACAAUAACAAGAAACCGUACCUUUGUGACCAAUGCGGCCAGACGUUCACCCACUUCUACACCCUCAAGACCCACCGGUCAAUCCACACAGGGGAGAACCUCCUCCACUGCUCCUACUGUGGGAGGGGCUUCACUCAGAAAACGUCCUUGGCGACCCACAUACUGAUCCACACCAAGGAAAAACCGCACCAGUGCUCUGUGUGUGGCCAACGUUUUGCCAGAAGCGAAAGCCUGAAGAAACACAAGAGGAUACACAUGGCAGAGGUCCGCCAUCACAUGUGCGAGUGCGGGAAGAGUUUCCCGGACAUGAAGAGGUUGGAGGUGCACGCGAGAAUGCACUACAAGAGCCUGGAAAAGAAGUACUGCUGCUCAUACUGCGGGAGAAUGUUCCUACGGGACGGGGAUCUAAAGAGUCACCAGAGAACACACACCGGAGAGAAACCCUUUGUCUGCGCCAUAUGCGGGAAAAGUUUCGCCCAAUCGGGGAACUUGAGAGUGCAUCAGAUCAAGCACACUAAAGAGAGACCGUACCCUUGUACUGUCUGUGAUAAGGGGUUCACCACCUCUGGGAGUCUGAAGGUGCACAUGAGACGGUUUCAUACAGGGGAGAAGCCGUACGUCUGUAGCCUGUGUGGGAAAGGGUUCAUUGUACCCAAAGCACUAAAGACACACCAACAGAAACAUAUGAAAGAGACUACCGUCUAGUUUGACGGGAGACGGGAAAAGACUGUCUUUCUGUGUGAUUCCUCGCUCCACUCUCCUCUCAACUGUCAUAGAGGAGAAGUUCUGAGGUCCCUCCUCUCUGACUUUAUUCUCCAUUUUGAGGGGGAGACGAAGAGGAAUCGGGGAAUGAUGAAUUGAGAAAUAGUCGAGGCCUGCUGCUGGUUUUACCUGCUGCUCCCAUUGAGGACAUGUUUUUUUUCAAAAUAAAAGUCCCCCCCCCCCCCCCCUUACAUGCAUCCAUGUAAUAGGUGCUCUAAAUGUGCCAUUAGACAUCACUCACCAUGACAGAAUAGCUAGUGGUUAGUUUAGUGGUACUCUACAGAAACUCUGAGGUUGUAUCACCAAACUAGCCACUAGCUAGCUAUUCAGUCUGUAAGAUACUCUACAGAAACUCUGAGGUUGUAUCAUCAAACUAACCACUAGCUAUUCAGUCUGUAAGAUACUCUACAGACACUCUGAGGUUGUAUCAUCAAACUAACCACUAGCUAUUCAGUCUGUAAGAUACAACCUCAAUAACGUUUCUGUAGAAUAUCUUAAUGUCAGAUAUGAAUUGACAGGAUGAUAUAAUUAUAUAUGGCAUGAUAUGACACAAUAUGCAUUAUGACAAUAAUACAUUUAAACCUGACAUGAGGUCUCUACUCACCAUGACUGGUACCUAUUGGCAUGAUGUCUCUACUCACCAUGACUGGUACCUAUUGACAUGAUGUCUCUACUCACCAUGACUGGUACCUAUUGACAUGAUGUCUCCACUCACCAUGACUGGUACCUAUUGACAUGAUGUCUCUCUCCACUCACCAUGACUGGUACCUAUUGACAUGAUGUCUCUACUCACCAUGACUGGUACCUAUUGACAUGAUGUCUCUCUCUACUCACCAUGACUGGUACCUAUUGACAUGAGGUCUCUACUCACCAUGACUGGUACCUAUUGACAUGAGGUCUCUACUCACCAUGACUGGUACCUAUUGACAUGAUGUCUCUACUCACCAUGACUGGUACCUAUUGACAUGAGGUCUCUACUCACCAUGACUGGUACCUAUUGACAUGAGGUCUCUACUCACCAUGACUGGUACCUAUUGACAUGAGGUCUCUACUCACCAUGACUGGUACCUAUUGACAUGAUGUCUCUACUCACCAUGACUGGUACCUAUUGACAUGAGGUCUCUACUCACCAUGACUGGUACCUAUUGACAUGAUGUCUCUACUCACCAUGACUGGUACCUAUUGACAUGAGGUCUCUACUCACCAUGACUGGUACCUAUUGACAUGAUGUCUCUACUCACCAUGACUGGUACCUAUUGACAUGAGGUCUCUACUCACCAUGGCUGGUACCCCUUGACUUUUUCCAUGUUACAGCCUUAUUCUAAAAUAGAUUAAACUUUUUUUUUUAUAAAUCUACACACAAUACCCCAUAAUGACAUCACAAUACCCCAUAAUGACAUCACAAUACCUC